UGGAGGGCCGCUCCCGAACCGGACUCUGACGUUGACGGCCUCGGUCACCAGGCCUGUGAGAGGUCCAGGGACCUGGGAGCGUGCAGGGCUCUGGACGGAGCAUCUUGGAGCUUGGGCCGCGGAAGCUCCCUCCGCCAUACAGCUUGGAGACUUGCCUCUUGAAAAGAGCGGCAGAGGGAGCGACAGGAGGACUUCUUGCGAGCCUGGGUUCAGUUGCCUCUCCACGCCCCCACCCCGAGAGCCCCUGGGCCCCCGCCCCCAGCCCUGCACGGAGCUCUGCGCGCUGCCCAUCCCUCCUGCAGGGCCAUGGCUCCCCGAGGUCUCUGCUCCUCUCGCAGUGGGACUCGGGGUGAGAGCUUGGGCUGGAGGAGCAGGGACUGCAGCCUCGCUCCUAACAGAACUGAGCCCUGACCCAGCCGCCCCCGUAGCUCAUCCUUCCUUCCCUGAUUCCCCAGGCAGAGCUGGCAGAGAAAACCCAGGUCCAUGGACGCCCGCCCCAAAGUGCGCCCCACGCCAGGGCCAGGGACAGCAGGAGUCGGCGGGUGCCUUCCAGCGCCAGGGGCUCCGCGCGGAAGUCAGGGGCUCUGGUCGCCACCCUCCCGGGUCCUCAGUCUCUAACCCCUCUCUCAGGAAUGUCCUGCCUACACUUUAAGGGCCAAAGGAUGGAAGAGGCAAAUGCUGACCACCCGAAUGCCUUGGGCCUGAGGAAUGUACUCCCCUUCCUCUCAGUUGGGGCAGGGAUGCAGCCUCGGUCAGAGGGACACCGUGGCCCCCGCUAACUCACACUGGCUGGCCACCACCUAAAACUGAUAAGGUGAUGCCGUGACUGGGGACUUUCAGUCUUUACCCUUUAACCUUGCCGCCCUUUCCUACCAGAGACCUCCCGUGGGGCGGGGGAAGAGCAGAGGCUGCUUUCUGACUUUGACUGAGGGUAGGGUGUGCUCAUUGGUCAACACACAGGUCGUUCUGGGCUCCCAUGUUUUCUGCCCCUGCCUACGCAGUCUCAUUACACAUUAACUCGAAAAAGGACAGAAUCGAUCACCUGCCCUCUGACCCUCACCCCUGCCCCCUAUUUCAUGCCCUUUCUUCCGGUCCCCAAAGCCUCUCUGCCAAGUUGCCAUGAAGGGGGGUCCGGUUAAGGGGAUGAAGUCCACCCACAAUGGGACAACGUUGCUGAGGGCUGAGGGCUUGACAUGUCAGAGCUUUCUAGAGGAAAACCAGCACUCCAGCGUCCUGCAACCCCCAGAGCCAAGACUGCUGCCCCACACCCCAAAAGAACACACCUGUGACAGGCCCAAAGGACACUCCCUCGGCCUCCACGAAGGCCUGCCUGCCUGCCUGCCUGCCUCCACCCUGUCAGCAUGCAUCCCCACCCCCUGUACUUGUCCCCUCCUCCCUCAUCUCUCCCACUUGUUUACUCCAACUUGGCCCCUGCCCCUAUGCCCCUCCACAGUCCUUGUCACCUGACGGGGGGUGGGGAGGCAGGCAGGUAUAUAGGCCCUGCCUCCCCAGCCAAGCCAGCCCCAGACACAAGGACGGAGGCACUGACCAGGCCACCCUCCCACCGCUCCACCAUGAAGCUGCUGGCACUCACGGCACUGCUCCUCACUGUCUGCAGCCUCGAAGGGGCUUUGGUGCGGAGGCAGGCAGAGGAGUCGAGCGUGCCAAGCCUGUUCUCACAGUACUUCCAGACCAUGACUGAGUAUGGCAAAGAGCUGGCCGGGAAGGUCAGCGGCCAGCAGCUUCAGGCCCAGGCCAGGGGUUACUUGGAGGAGACACAGAAGAGCCUGGAACCCCUGGUCGACAAGGCUCAAAGUGACCUGAUGAGGUUGCUUGAUUACUUCGUGACGUUUGCAGCACAGGCGGAUGCCCAGCCAACUGCCGCUGCCGCCUAGAGCACCCUCUGGCUAGGCCUCCUCCCUCCCCACUCUUUGUUUCUGCAAUAAAUUGGAAAGGGAGUCCA